CUGACAGAUCAGCAAUCAGCAUACCACGGGAUUGGAAAUGUGAUUUAUUUAUUUAUUAACAAGUUUCUAUAUGAAAUAAUAAACUCAAACAUCAAAUUUAAAGUGGGAAAUGGCGGAGACUAGUCAAGCGCGAGCGAGCCCCUCGGCGCCUGGGGGCGACGCUGGUGGCGAAGAAGACAAACAUGACGAAAGAAUGCUAGAAUGCAACAUCUGUCUGGACACAGCCCGUGAUGCAGUCGUCAGUAUGUGCGGCCACCUCUUCUGCUGGCCAUGUUUACAUCAAUGGUUGGAAACCAGACCCAGUCGGCAAGUCUGUCCCGUUUGCAAGGCCGCCAUCAGCAGAGAGAAAGUGAUCCCGCUCUAUGGAAGAGGAAACACAAAGCAGGAAGACCCAAGAAACAAGGUGCCCCCCCGGCCGGCAGGACAGCGCACGGAGCCGGAGAGUACGAGCGGCUUCCCAGGUUUCGGCUUCGGCGAGGGAUUCCACAUGUCGUUCGGGAUAGGAGCCUUCCCGUUUGGAAUUUUCACCUCGACAUUUAAUUUUGGUGAUCCAAGGCCUAGCGCCGCGCCGCGCGGCACAGCCCAGUUCGAAGAAGAGCAGUUCCUAUCGAAGAUAUUCCUGUGGGUCGCGAUCCUGUUCGUGCUGUGGCUGGUGUUCGCCUGACCGCCCGCAAGUACUGCCACCAGGUUACAAUACUAAUUAACUCUGUAAACAUUUAUUUAAUAGAAGGAUACUUGUAAAGUUCUUUUCAAAAUUGAUUCUUGUGACUACGGUAGUGUUUGGUUGACAGUGACACAUCAAGUCGUGGUUAUUUAAUUAAAGACACCGAACCUUUUAUCUGUAUAUUUAUGUGAUGAGAACGAUAUCUGCGAAUUUGUUGCAUUUUUUUUUGUCAAAUUAAAAAAGAGCAAUAGCGUCUCAUCAUCAUCGACCACCAAUUUGAAUGUGGCUAUCAAUAGUAAACGUUUUUAAUUUUUCCAUAACACUAAAUCAAAUGAGAAAAGGGUCAAUGACCCUUGUAGUAUUGGUUCGAAAUAUUUUUGAUGCGAUGAUAUCUCUGUGCGAGUAUUAAUGCGGCGCGGAUCUGGACUAGAACUGAAAAGCGAAAACAUUUAUGUAAAUAUUCCGUAUGUUCUUGUAUAUUCGCGAGCCGUGCGAAAUGAAAACAUUUACAAUUUACCUACGGUUUAGUCUCACGUAUCUCAUCAUUUGAUUUUAUUAAUUGCGCCGUUUUGCAUACAGAAUGUUUCCCACAGUUUUUAACAUUGCGUUAAAUAAAAAUACAUAGAACAAAAAUUGUUACGAGUAUUAUAAACGUCAGAAAUAACAAAACAUAAUGUUAACACUAAAGCUAUUCUCUGUAGCAACCAAACGAAUAAAUGAAGUUUUAACUAACACAAUCAGAUGAUUAUUGAGAAAAAAAUCAAAUAUAUUUCGGUGUUUUUAGUUAGAUAACAACCGCUACGUAAAAACUCUGACUGGCUUAAAGAAAUCAUUUAAUUUCUGAGGUUUGACGAGUGAACGAAAAUAUUUACGGCUCAAUAUCGCGUUCAGUUCAAACACGAAACAAUUCGAGAGCUCGACCUCACGCCUCGAGCAGCGAUCGAGUGGCGUCCGUGAGCGCCGAUGAGCACUAAACACCGAGUGGCUUGUGAGGUGGACGCAUAGAAAUGAAAUAAGAAAAAACACCACCAGAACGCCUGUUAGAAUGACAUCACAAAUGUUGUAAUGUCGAUAAAUAUCCACUAACCAGGACUAUGACAUACCGUAAAGCUCACCUGUGCUCAAUAUGAGUAUUGUUUUGGAAACGUGCAGGUUCACGGCACAGUGCUCUCAACUCCGUACACAUUUUUCAACACACAAAUUUAAAAAAUAAAACAUCAUUGGACUGUCGCCAUUCUGUAUGCUUAGUGCGAGUUUUUAACGUUCUCGAUAGCGUAAAAGUUAACUCAAAUUUGUAUGGAGUUGAAAAAGUGUCCCUUCGUUUCCCGCUAGGAGAAAAAAACCCGCAAUAAGUAUGUACACUGUUCUAAUCUAAUAUUAUUCCUGGUAUUUUUUCCUAUUGAACCAACAUUCCUUUUUUUAUGAUAACCUUUAAAAGUUCAUAAUAAUAAAAUACAUAUUAUGUAAUUUAUUUUAAUGUUAAAAUUAACGUGCAUUGAUGUUUGUAAAAUCAGAAGGUAAUUUUCUACAAUUGUUGGAAUUUGUUGAAUUGACGCCUUCGAAGGAAAGUUUUGGGCACCACAACUUCAUGGUGAGUUCAAUGAGGUCGGCUUGGCAUCCGUGGGGAUGUUGCCUUCGUGGUGUGGUGGGCUGAUGGCUGCUCAUCACAAAUUGGCGCGGGGGUGGUACCAAAGAUGGUAGUAGAUCGUAAAAAAGUAUUUUGGUGGAAACGCUGAAAAUUACCUCCUGAAAAACAGUAGUAUGUAGUAAGUUUAGGAAACAGUAAAAAGGUCUAACGGUUUCAAAAAUGAAUUUAAUCACGCCAGUAAUUUAAUUAACUACAUUUGCGCUAUAUUUUGAAGUAGUGCGUGUCAAUCUAUGGUUAUUAUAAUAUUUUCGUGUAUAUAACGUGUAUAUAUUAUUAUUGUGUUAUUGUAUUUGCUGUAAGUACAUAAAUUUUAAUGGGA